AUUGAUGUGUGUAUAACAGUCGGUAGAGUGGAACACUGCAGUUUCCCAGCUUCGGCAGGGUCCCUGAAGCAUCUGAAAGUUAGUCAACAGAGCAGCUCCGGCUCAGCGCAGAUCCACCGGGACUUUCCUCCGGUUUCUAUCGAUCUGUUCCGCGGAUCUUCCGUCCACAGCCUCACAACUCGAGAUGCCGCUGCUCCACAGGAAAGCUUUCAUCAGACAGAAACCUCCCGAGGACCUGAAGCCCGAGGAGGAGGUGUUCCUCUGCAAGAUCACUCACGAGAUCUUCAGGGGAUACGAUGAUUUCUUUGAGCGCACCAUCCUGUGUAACUCUCUGGUGUGGAGCUGCUCUCUGACGGGGCGCUCCAGCCUCACCUACCUGGAGGCUCUGGAGAGUGAGCGUAGAGCCAGGCUGUCUCUGCAGAGCUUCUCUCAGGUGCUCCUGGUUCCUCUGCUGCACCUGGCGGCUCUGAGUCAUCGCGCCAGGCUGAGUGAGCUCUGUGAGGACGUGCACUCCUUCGUGAAGGACCGCUACUUCCCCGGGGAGACGCUGGACGUCACGGUGCGCAACGGGACCAGACAUGUGUGUGAGGUGCUGCAGGUUAGCUCUCCUCACUCGAGCGCUAAUGGUCACGCUAAAGCAGCCGGCGGCGGCGACUCCAUCGUGAUCAGCGACAGCGACGAGGAGAGCAGCGCCUUCCAGAGUCCCAAGAGCAACGGCAAGAAGAAGCCUCUGAACCCGUCAGUGUUUAAGUACAUGGUGAGGAUGCUGGAGGACCAACACAGCCAGUCCUUCACUGUGAAAGCCAAUCAGAUCAGUCGCAGGAAGAGCAGUGUGUCCAAAGAGAAGCUGAAGCUGCUGUUUAAACAACACUGUGAGCCAAACAACGGCACCAUCGCACUCAAGCCCUCCUCAGUGCUGAAGUACCGGCUCGCUGAACAGAGUUUCUCUCAGUUCUUCCCUGACGACCCCCCCAUGUUCCCCUUCAGCCCUAAAGCUGCACGGAGCUCACCUGCACAGACGGGCUCUGCGCUGCUGAAGGAGAAGCUGCAGCUGCUGCAUCACAGGGAGGAGAUGGCGUCUGCCGCUCAGGACAGAAACAGACUGCAGGAGGCCAAGAGGAGAGAGAGGGAGGAUAAAGAGAGGAUGAAGGAGGAGCAGAGGAGGAGGUUUGAGGAGGAGAAAGUGAAGAGGAGGGAGGAGAAGGAGCAGAGGAAGCUGGAGAAGGACCGGGAGAGAGAGAAGCUGAAAGAGGAGAAGAAGAAGUAUGCAGAGCGUCUGAAGCUGUGGAGCAAACCCAGAGAGGACAUGGAGUGUGAGGACCUGAAGGAUCUCCCCCUCCCGGUUCCGGUGAGAACCCGUCUGCCAGCCGGUCUGUUCGGAGACGCUCUGCUGGUUCUGGAGUUCCUGCGGGCCUUCGGAGAAAUCUACGGCCUGAAGGACGAGUUCCCCGACGGAGUUUCUCUGG